AUGGCACAGUUGAUAACUGUGCGGUUGAACAAAUCCGAUUCGCAGCCCUUGGGCUUCCGUCUGCAGGGCGGCAAGGACUUUGGCACACCUCUCGUCGUUCAGAAGGUGAACGGUGGCAGUGCAGCCGAGCGUGCUGGUCUUCAGGCGGGUGAUGCGCUGAUCCGGGUAAACAACACGGACGUGUAUCUGCUGCGUCACCAGGAGGCACAAGAUACCAUCCGCGCAGCCGGAGGCAACCUUGAACUCACCGUGCAACGUGGCGGUGGCACUUGGCGUCCUACUGUGACACCAACCGGCAGCCUACCGAGACCCGGCUCCAGGCCUAUUGGUGGCACUCCAACACUCGUCACCAACACUUCCCUGAAAGCCACACCACAACCUUCACGUGCAUUCGGCUCUGGUCACAACAACGUUGCUAAGCCUUUUGGUUACAUGAACGGUAACGACUCUGUGAAGAGCAUAGUCAACAAGCAGUACAACACACCAGUAAACAUGUACAGCGACAAAACGAUUGCGGAAACUCUCUCAGCCCAAACUGAAGUUCUUGCGGGCGGCGUACUCGGAGUAAACUUUAAGAAGAACGAGAAGACAUACGACGCUGAAAAAAGCGCUGUUUUCAAGGUUCUGCAAGAAGAACAAAACGACCCUGAGCCAGCCGAGCCAGUGGCUCCGACAGCCGCCCAGGCUGCUCCAGUGAGCGGUCUCCGUCACGUGCAAGCGCCCGUCACGCGGCCUGAUGCCCCCAUCAACAAUACUGGAGGCUUGCCCCCUGGACAGAACAUUUGCGAGGAGUGCGAAAGGCUCAUCACCGGUGUGUUCGUGCGCAUCAAGGACAAGAACUUGCACGUGGAAUGCUUCAAGUGCUCGACUUGCGGUACUUCUCUGAAGAACCAAGGCUACUACAACCUGAACGGAAAACUGUACUGUGACAUCCACGCUAAGCUUGUUGCUCGCAACAACCCACCAGCGCCCAAUCUUGAACCAGUCACCGUUCCACCUGGUGGCCGAAUCCCUACCAACACUUACUCGACGCCUCUGCCUCCUCUGGCUACCAACAACUACACAAAUGGAUCAUCAUCGCUUUUUAGCCCUUCAAGCAACUUGUCGGGCCCGAAACCUUUCGGAUCAUCGAUUGGAUCUGCUUACUCGCCAUCACUGUCUCCUCGCUCGGCCCCGAUGUCGCCCGCGAGGCCAGUAGUAGCGCCUGCCCCUGCGCCCGCGCCCUUAGCGGCUCCUAUCUCUGCGCCUCAACCAGCGGCACCAUUCGCGCCCAAGACCCCAGUUUCCCUUUUUAAAGGUUCGAGUGUAGGAGCUGCCGCUCGUGGCAAAACUUUCGGUGUGUCUUCUGCCCCUAAACGAGGAAGGGGAGUUUUGAAUAAGGCUGCGCUGCCCGGCUCCCGUGUGCCACUAUGUGCUUCCUGUAAUGGGAAUAUUAGGGGGCCGUUCAUUACGGCUUUGGGUCGCAUCUGGUGUCCAGAGCACUUCAUCUGCGUAAAUGCAACGUGUAGGCGUCCCCUACAAGACAUUGGUUUCGUUGAAGAAAAUGGUCAACUCUACUGCGAAUUCUGCUUCGAGCAGUACAUUGCGCCUGCUUGCGAUAAGUGCCACGCCAAAAUUAAGGGCGAUUGCUUAAAUGCUAUCGGCAAGCACUACCACCCUGAAUGCUUCAACUGCGUCUACUGUGGAAAGCUCUUCGGAAACAAUCCCUUCUUCUUAGAAGACGGUCUUCCGUAUUGUGAAGCUGAUUGGAAUGACCUGUUCACGACAAAAUGUUUCGCUUGCGGCUUCCCGGUGGAGGCAGGCGACAGGUGGGUCGAGGCGCUCAACAAUAACUACCACAGUCAGUGCUUCAACUGCACGGUGUGCAAAAAGAACCUCGAAGGACAGAGUUUCUUCGCCAAGGGAGGUCGACCUUUUUGUAAGACACACGCCCGCUAG